GCUUGAAAACAGGUGCUGCCAAUUGACUUCAAUCAAGAAUUGGUGAGCACACGUGCACACGUUGCUAUAAAACACGCGGGCAGGGUUUGGGCAGCAGUGGAUUUGUCCUGUUGAAUUUCCUCAUUGCGCACGGAAGACUGAAAAUGUCCGGUCGUGGAAAGAAAGUCGCCGCCGUUAAGGCCAAGUCCAGCAUGACUCGUUCUUCCCGCGCUGGUCUACAAUUCCCUGUCGGUCGUAUCGCCCGCUUGCUGCGCAAAGGCAACUAUGCAAAGCGCAUUGGAAGCGGGGCGUCCGUCUACCUGGCUGCCGUGAUCGAGUACCUGUGCGCCGAGAUUUUGGAGUUGGCUGGUAACGCCUGCAAGGAUAACAAGAAAAGGAGGAUCUCACCCCGUCACAUCCAGCUCGCUGUUAGGAACGACGAGGAGCUCAACACCCUGCUCGGAGGGGUAACUAUCUCGGAGGGCGGUGUACUUCCAAACAUCCACGCUCAGCUGCUACCCAAGAAGACCAUGAGGGCUGACACAAGCAAAGAUGUGAAUUCCCAAGAGUUUUAGGUUUUUUUUUUUUUUUUUUUUUUUUUUUUUUAAAUUUUAAUAUAAAGCAUUUUAAUUGUUUUUGUCUAAAUAAUAAAAAACCUUUUAGAUA